AUGCCGCGCAACGAGUCCCCGGCAAACACUGUCAUGAGGGAUGUUGCCUCCGGCGACGAGAGCGGAGUCUAUCACCUACUCAUAAGUUCGUUGCCCUUUGGUACCAAGUGGCAGCUCUUCAAGGACUGGAUUCGUGAGGCGGACUGUGACGUGGAUCACAUCGAGCUGUUUCAGAAGUCGACGAACGGAUGGAUUCGACUGCUUGGCAGAGACAACUUUGAGCGUGCUUUACGCCAUCUCAGGACCAAUCCCUUUGCGGGUAGGGAGAUAAUCGUCGACGAGAGAAACCGGACAGAGCCCAUCAAGAUCCUCGAGCUCAUUGAUGACCCGCCGCCCAAGCCUAAGUUUGGGUGGAGGUUUCAGAGGUCGCGCCGAAAAGGCGAUUUGCUUGCUGAUGAUGCUGCUUCAGUCGGUUCUCGCGCUGAGAUACGGCAACCGCCGCAGCAAUCAGAGUCUAUGGCGGCAAGCACUGAUGUAGAAGCGUCCCGACAAGGCCGAGAGCGAGGCAGCAUCCGAGCAUCUCCAAUCCCCGGGUACCCAAGCGGCCCUGUCAUUCAGCGCAUGUCCCUGGAGAAUGCCGCGGCUCCCAUGGGCUACCUGUCACGCGAGCCGUACAAGUCCUCGGCGGAGUUGCAAGGAGCUGCGUACUUGGCAGCAGGGGACAUGCCUUUCUCCAUCACGCCGUGGAAUCUACCGUAUGGCUCGGCAUAUGCCCAAAGCUACCGGCCCUUCGAAGCGCCGCCGCCCGUGAGCCCUGGUCUUCAAGCCGGCCUGCCGUCAUCAACAUCAAGCGGCUCACUGUUCCCCCAGGUCCUGCGUCCGAGCUACUCGAGGUCAUCAUUGAGUUGGGCCAGCAGCGUCACCGAGACCCCGACAAUGGCACCUAAACUCGAGUCGAGCAUCGGCGCUUCCCAGCGGCCGACUGAGACCUGGUACAAGGUGCAGCUGCUGUCACUGAGGAAUACUGCCAGCACGCAGGACGUGGAGAAAUGGGUGAGGAACCGCUUGAGGGACUGGGAAAGCGCAAUUGUUCGCAUCGAUGUUCCAAUAGACCAUCAGAAAGGUCGCAUUCGCGGGUCGGCGUACAUCACGCUCUCCAACGCCGUUGCUGCCGGCAAAGCCGUCGAGGCACUCCAACAGCAGCUGUUCAUGGGGCGUCUGGUAUACGCCCGCCGCGGGGUCAACUACGACACUGCCAACAAACAAAAGAGGGAAAGCGAGAAGGUGAACCGCCUCGUUCAAACGAAAAAAUCGAGUUACGAUAGCGCCGAGGUUGCGGUCGACGACCAGGUCUCCCCUGCACCACAAGCCCAAUCAAGAGAUGUGGCCGACAAGGGCAAGUACGCGCCUCCUGUCAUCGCUCACGGGACGAACUACAAGCCGCCAAAGUAG